AUGCUGCUUCUUUCGGUAAUGGUCGCUCUUAUGAGCGCGAGCCAUGUGCAAGCCAAGGCGGUCUUUACUCAUUUCAUGAGAGAUAUUCGUCUAGCCCAGGACUCCCACAUCGAUGCUUUCGCUCUGAACAUCGCGAACAACGGCGGCUACGCCGGUCAGGUCGCCAAUGCAUUCUCCGCAGCCAAUUCCCUUGGGUUCAAACUCUUCUUCUCCUUCGACUACGCUGCCCAAGGAGCAUUUGCACAGCAGGAUGUCAUCAAUCUGAUUAACCAGUAUCGUUCCAACGGUGCAUACUACCAAUACAAUGGCAAGCCAUUUGUGUCUACUUUCGAAGGCCCCGGAAGCUCUGGUGACUGGAACACGAUCAAGUCUCAGACCGGAUGCUUCUUCAUUCCCGACUGGUCGUCAUUGGGCGCUCAAGCUGCUGUCAGUCGUGGCGUUGUGGAUGGUCUUUUCAGUUGGGAGGCAUGGCCGUCAGGACCAAACGACAUGACCACGAAGCCAGACGAGUCUUACAAGAGCGCUCUGGGUGGCAAGCCCUACAUGAUGCCUAACUGGCUGUGGCGUGGCGAUGAUCUGUGGUUUGACCGCUGGAACCAGGUCAUGUCUGUGCAACCAGACUUUGUCGAGAUCUUGACAUGGAACGAUUGGGGCGAGUCGCACUACAUUGCUCCUUUGGACAAUAGACAAUGGGGUCUGUUCAGUGCUGGCAAUGGCAACGCGCCUUACAAUUACGCUGAAGGCAUGCCUCAUGAUGGGUGGCGACAGUUCCUUCCCUAUGUUAUCGAUAUGUACAAGAAUGGCAGGGCCUCUAUCUCGACAGAAGGUCUCGUCGCAUGGUACAGAAAAUCACCGGGCUCGGCGUGCUCCAGUGGAGGCACCACCGGCAACUCGGCAAGCCAGGGCCAACAAGAAUACCCUCCGACUCAAGUCGCACAAGACAAGGUGUUCUUCUCUGCACUGCUUACAUCUUCCGCUGAUGUGGUCGUCAGUAUCGGCGGUACGACCCAGACCGGAUCCUGGGAGAACACUCCAGGUGGUGGCUCUGGCAUAUACCACGGUAGCGUGCUAUUCAACGGUCGCGGUGCUGUGACCGUUAAGAUCUCCAGGAACGGAAAAGUCAUCAUGCAGAUAAAUGGAGAUUCAAUCACAGACAGCUGUACCAAUGGUAUCGAGAACUGGAACGCAUGGGUAGGCAGUGCUAGUGCUAGUGCUACAGGCUCUGGAUCUGGCAUCGGAUCCAGCUCAUCUUCCAGCAAGGUUUCCUCCACCCUCAAAACCUCUAGUACCACCCCUGCUUCUACACCCACCAGUGGUAGUGGCUCAUAUUGUGUUGCCGGCACCGGAAACGGCAACCUAGCCGGUCUCUGCAGUUUUUCUUGUAAUCAUGGAUUCUGUCCUUCGAACGCUUGUACCUGUACCCAGCGAGGUCGUCAAGUGACUCCUCCAGCCGUCUCGAACACUCUCGGAUUCCCUGUAGCGGGUCAAGAUAUCGCUCUCUACAGUGGCCUUUGCGAGUUUACUUGUGGUCACGGCUAUUGCCCUUCAGGCGCUUGCACUUCGGACCCCUCAAAGGCAGCAAAUGGCGAUGGCUCCUUCUGCGCUGGUGGCACCGGAAGCGGAAAUUUAGCAGGACUUUGCAGCUUCUCUUGCAACUAUGGAUUCUGCCCUAGCAAUGCUUGCACUUGCACCCAAAGAGGAAGUCGGAUCAAUCCUCCUGCUGCCUCCAACACUCUUGGGUUCCCAGUCGCUGGCCAAAAUGUGGCACAGUAUAGCGGUCUUUGCGAGUUUGCUUGCAGUCAUGGUUACUGUCCUUCGGGCGCUUGCACUUCUGAUCCUUCUAAAUCGGCUUAG